AUGAAGAGCCUUGUGGACCAGGAUCAGACAGAGGGUGCUUUCAGCGAAGAAGAUGCAUCUGAUGAUUUCUCACGCUAUCAACCAACGAUGGCCACUGAUUUUCCUACCCUCGACCCGAUCACGGCAUUCAAGUUGUGGCAGAUAUAUCUCGAGCGCGUAAAUCCACUGCUCAAGAUAAUACAUGCUCCCACCGCUCAAUCCUUGAUUGUCUCUGCAACAGCCGACAUCAAAUUGGCUCCGCUGGAUCAACAAGCACUGGUGUACAGUAUUUUCGGGCUGGCUGUAUCAGCGCUGAGAAGUGACGAAAUCACGGACAUACUGGGUGCGGGAAAACAGCGAGAGGACUUCCUCCAAGAAGUUCUUACCGCAGUCAGCGUUUCCCUGGCGCAUUUUGGCUCCUUUGGCCGGUACAACAUGGCUGUCGUGCAAGCCCUGAUACAUGCCUCUAUCAUUCUCAUGGGCCAAUGCAACAAACAUGCCGCAUGGGUUCUAUUGGGUGCACUGGUGCGGAUUGCCAUGAGCAUGGGCUAUCAUCGUGAUGGCACACAUCUGUCACUUUCGCCCUUUGAAACAGAAAUGCGCCGGCGCAUUUGGUGGCAGAUUGUCUUUUACGACAUCAAACUAGGCGUCGACUCUGGUUUAACCAACAGCUCCGUGCCCGAGCAUUUUGACACCAAACGUCCUCUCAACCUCAAUGAUGCAGACCUGUUCCCCGAUGCCACAGAAACGCUGGCGCACAAAGAGGGACCUACGGAGAUGGCGUUUGCCCUUGUCAUGACUCGGGUAGCAGCGUAUCUACUCGACAAGAAGGCUCGUCGGGCUAUGGAGGCGAACAUUCUUGGCCAUGGCGGAGGCAUGCAUGCUUCCUUCUUGGAUCAUAAUCGGCUUCUCGUUCAACAGCUUGACGCUGACCUUGCGGAAAUCGAAAGAAGGUUCAUCUCAUCCGCUCCAAGUAAAAUCCACGCGGCAGCCUUAGGGAUUCGCCCGCAUCUCAUCAAACGACUGUACGAUAUGGCGCAUCCCAUGCAAGAAUUAUCAGAUUUGGGUGCUGGCGUUUCAUCUUCUCGUGACAGCCUCUUCAAACUCAUUCUCUCCAGCUGCGAAAACGCGACCAACUCGUAUGAGUCGAUGGAUCGAUGGGGCUUUGCGUGGUAUGUCAGGUUGCAUUUCAACUUUGAUAUCCUCGCCUCUCUCGCCACAUUUUUAUACCAUAGUCCCACGAAUGCCUUGGCCGAUCGUGGCUGGGCCGUUCUCGAGUCCCUUUACGCCAGGCACUCCCUGCUAGACACUCAUAGGCCGAAUGCCGCCGUCACUCCGUCGCAAUUCAUCCUAAAGGCCUUUGGCGAGCGGGAGCGUGUCUUCGCCGAAAUGGGACACAUUGUCGAGGUUCCCGAACUCAUUGCCGCUCUCCGGCAGAUGACUCAACUCCACACUGUGACUCCUCCAGCUCCAACCAAUGCUAACCCUUGGACUGCUUUCGAGGCGACUUCGGGCGACUUUAUGCACGUCGAUGGCAUGCAGAGGUCGGAAAGCUUCAUGCCGCAGGCCGAAGCAGGCGAAGGGCUCAGUGAGAGGUACGAAUUCUGGCCUGGGGGUUUGUGGAAUGCGGAUUGGGGACAAGGCUAUGGAGAACCGACUUCGGAUUGA